AUGCUCACCUCCUCUGUCCGACAAGGCAGCUGCAGAAUACCGUCCACCUCCCGGGCACGCUCAGCCCAGACCUUCAGGGCAUUCUAUGCGACCAUCCGCAACCUGCGGCAGUCGUCCGCCCUGCCCGAGCCCGACGAUGCGAACCCCUCGGACAAGGACUUCAUCAUGUCCAUCUUGCGGGCUAAUCCCUCGUUGCGGGAUACAAGGUCUUACCUAGCGUCUUUCGGCCCUCGUCCCCAGCCUCCGCCUCGUCCUCCGGUAAAGCCGAACGAAGAGCUCUUGCCCACUGCAACCCCAGAUCACCAGUCCAAGCAGGUCAUCCCCCCUGACAUUCAGCAGGAACCUCGCAGUCCAGUCGUCGCCUCCAUCCUCAAUCCCAUCCAGAGGCGUACGGCUCUCGUCAAAAUUCAGUCUCCCUUCACCGACAGGCAACUCGAGAGCAUCGCCACCGGCAUAGUGUACUUGGAGAAGCUCGGUCUUGUCAGCGUCAUUGUUAUCGAAAACGAUGGUCUCCCCAAGGGUGAAGACGGCGAGCGGGCCGCACUAGUCGAGGAGACCAUGCGCGUCGUCAAUGCACUCGAGAAGCAAGGCGCAAAGGCGCGUCCGGUCCUCGGCGCCGUUGUCCGCCUAGGACCCAAACCAGGAGACGAAGAGUUUUCCGACCAGCAGCCUUUUAUCGUCCCAGAGGCUCACACAUUCCCCACGGAUCUCGUCCACAUCCGCUCUGCCCUCCGCGCGGGUGAAAUCCCUGUCCUACCCCCAUUUGCCCUCGAUUCAUUUUGUCGCUCUGUUCGUGUCGACGCGAAUGAUGUCGUCGCGGCGCUGACCCGUGGAAUGGUCGAGGCUGCCGUGGAAGAUGACCAUAAGGGCGCCGACGACAUCAAUGGGUUUUCCGACGAGGUCGAUUUGACACCACUCCGCCUCAUGAUCAUUAACAAGGAAGGUGGUGUCCCUUCAUAUGCACGCUCUGGCAUGCCCCACCUUUUGGUUAAUCUGGACGCUGAGUUUUCGUACAUCGCCGACACGUUUGAUUCGCAGUGGCACAGCUCCCAUCCAACAUCCCUCUCGAAUUUAUCCCUUGCCCGCACAUGCCUCGCUUACAUGCCUCCCUCAUCCUCAGCUGUCAUGGUGUCGCACCGGUCGCCGAGUUCUCUGAUUGCGAACCUUAUUACAAAUAAACCCGCAGUCAGCUCUAGCCUCCCCCACGCUCUCUUGCAAGGCAACCGCAAACUUACGCCACAUACUCCCACUUUGAUGCGGCGCGGUCUCCCUAUCCGUGUCAUUCGCUCGAUGGCAGACAUCGAUAAACAGAAAAUGAAAGCGCUUCUCGAACAGUCCUUCAAGCGCACACUUGACGAGCGGCCCUUCUGGGGGCGCCUGGAGAAACACCUGGAUUACGCCAUCAUCGCUGGAGACUAUGCGGGUGCCGCCAUCGUAACCCGCGAGUCCGACACCGCACCUGAGACUGCCCCGAUCACCUAUCUGGACAAAUUCGCUGUGUUGCCAAGCCACCAGGGGGACGGCACGGUCGAUUUCCUUUGGGUUGCGCUGCAUGACGAGUCCUACGGCCUCGGCUUACCCUUCUCUGCCAACCCCAAUGGGGGUAAGGAAGGGAAGGGUGAGGGCUGCGACCUCGUCUGGCGAAGCCGCGCCGACAACCCCGUGAAUAAGUGGUAUUUCGAGCGCAGCACAGGUCAUUUGCGCAUGGGGAAAUGGGUAUUAUUCUGGUGUGACGCUGAGAUGCGGCUCAAGACGACGGAGGGCCGUCGCGGGAGUGCGGGGCUUUCGUACUUGGAAAACUGGGAGCACGGAAGAUUGGUGAAAUGGGCGAACGUCAUCGACGGGAUCCCAUCUAGCUGGAAAAAGUAG